AUGAGGAAAAACUACGAGAAAUCAUUAAACGGGAACGCGCCAACAAGAAGGAAGAAGACCGGAUGGAUUGGAAGUAUAUUUCAAAAGAGUUUGGCAACACAUUCGAUAAGCCUUUAUGCGCUAACCACAUCUCAUUCAUACACUAGGUACAGGAAUUACCUGAAAAAAGAAGUGUGGCUUCCGUAUGGAAAUGGAAAGAGACAGAUCCCUUUUACUAGCGACCACGUUACCUUAAUAAUGAACGAAACGUGGAAAAACGUCGAUAAUAAAAAUCGUUGGCGUAGAAUAGCAAACAUAAUCAACAAACAAUUCCCCUUGCAGGUUGACUGCACACCCAAUCAGGUUAAAAACAAGUAUAACACCACGUUCCGAAAACUUCGUAGGCUAUCUAAUUUCGCGAUAUUCUGA